UACUACAAGAGUAGAGAACUAGAACUUCACUGUGCCAUGUCCCAGACCAUGAAGUCGAGUCCACGACUCCGAAAUUCUUAUGUGAUUGGUGUGAUAUCUGUAAUGCUGAUAUUGGGAUCACAAAAUGUGAAGGUAGCAGAAUGCAGGGUAGCAAAUGAAGUGAGCAACGUUAUUGAAUACCCUGCCAUAAAUUGUCGAAAGCAUGGUGCCUUAUUGACAGAUUUUGGUGGGGUUGGUGAUGGCGUUACAUCCAACACAAGGGCCUUUCGAUAUGCAAUAAGCAAUCUCAGCCAAUAUGCAACUGAUGGGGGUGCCCAACUUGUAGUGCCACCUGGAAGAUGGCUAACAGGACCCUUUAAUCUCACUAGCCAUUUCACUCUUUUUCUCGAAUAUGGUGCUGUUCUGCUUGCAUCUCAGGAUGAAUCUGAAUGGCCACAACUUCCUGUACUACCUUCUUAUGGAAGAGGAAGAGAUGCUCCCGGUGGAAGGUUUAGCAGUCUAAUUUUUGGAACUAACCUCGUUGAUGUUGUAAUUACAGGUCAAAAUGGUACAAUUGAUGGGCAAGGAUCCUAUUGGUGGAACAAGUUCCGCAUGAGUCAAUUGAAUCUCACCAGGCCAUACACGAUUGAGAUCAUGUACUCUAGUCAAAUCCAAAUAUCAAAUCUCACAUUGGUCAAUUCCCCAUCCUGGUUUGUCCAUCCAAUUUACAGCAGCAACAUAAUAAUAAAAGGGCUUACCAUUAUGGCCCCAGUUGACUCUCCCAACACAGAUGGGAUAGACCCAGACUCAUGUACAAACGUUAGGAUUGAGGACUGCUAUAUUGUCUCCGGUGAUGAUUGUAUUGCAGUAAAAAGUGGGUGGGAUGAGUAUGGAAUUAAAUUUGGAAUGCCAACCCAACACCUAAUCAUUAGAAGGAUUACUUGCAUAUCCCCUGAUAGUGCCAUGAUUGCUUUUGGAAGUGAAAUGUCUGGUGGAAUCCAAGAUGUUAGAGCUGAAGAUCUCACUGCUAUCAACACUGAAUCAGCAGUUAGAAUCAAAACAGCAGUUGGUAGAGGGGCAUAUGUGAAAAACAUAUUUGUGAAAGGAAUGAACCUCAACACCAUGAAAUAUGUAUUUUGGAUGUCUGGCUCUUAUGGAUCACACCCUGACCCUCACUUUGAUCCCAAUGCACUUCCACUCAUUACUGGAAUAAAUUAUAUGGAUGUCAUUGCAAGGAACGUCACAAAAUCCGCAAGACUUGAAGGGAUUUCCAAUGACCCUUUCACCGAAAUCUGCAUUGCUAAUGUGACUAUCCAAGUGAGUGCGGAGAAAAAGAAGCUUCAAUGGAAUUGCACUGAUGUUGCUGGAGUUACAAGCAGGGUCAAUCCUUACCCUUGUCCUUUGCUGCCAGACAGAGGGAAUUUUGAUUGUCCUUUUCCAAAUAACGUUCUGCCCAUUGAAAAUGUUCAGUUCAGGACUUGUAAUGUCUAAUUCUAGUUGCAUGGGUGUAUUUGAACUUUGAUAGCAAAAGUGUUUUUAUCCAUGCAGUUGUUUUAAGAAAAUGAAAUCAAAAGAAGUAAUUGAUUA